AUGUAUCAAAUCCGGUGGGCGGGGACGCGUUGAUGUUGCGCCGGCCAAUGGGAGCGCGGCCUUUUCCGCGGGAGAUCCGAAUUUCGCGGCACGUAGUUUGGCGCUUAAAAAAAAAAAAAAAGCGAGUGAAGGAGGAACGGAAAGAGAAAGGGCUGGGCAGCCAUCGGGUCCUUUCUUGUCCCAAUCCAGAUCCAUCCUUGGCCCCGGCAGCUUUGGCAACGGCCGGGAAACUUGCAGCAGCCCAGCCGGGAAUCCUAUGGAGCAUUGCGAGUCGGAAGAAGCCCAUGAAAGGCGCUAGGAGGGUCGCCUUCGGGUUCGGGGCCCGGGCUGGUGCUCGAUCCGUACCCGGUUGGUGGUGCUUCCAAAAGCCUCGCAGCCUUGCCAGCUUAUAUAGACAGUAGGAGCGGAGAUCGGAGGGGCAGGGGAAACCUUCCCGUUCGCCCAACCCCGGGUCCCCGGGCAUUUUGCAAAAAAAAAAAAAAGCAGCCCACCCCGGAGUUUUUUUUUAUUUAUUAUUAUUAUUAUUAUUAUUUCAAUCCUGCGUUUUCUCUGCCUCUCCCCUCCCCCCCCCCACCCGCUACAAAAGCUUUUUUUCUUUUUUUUUUUUGCAAGAAGAGUCGCGGGUGGCGGGCAUUGGUCGGGCAUGAGCCUGGCCGAGCUUGCAACUUUGCAGCCCAACUCCCGGGAAAGUCCCCUCUGGAAAAAGCCGGCGAGAAUCUCGGGGUGCUUUGUGUUGGGGGGAGCCCGCGCCCAACGUGCCUGGUUGGAGAAGAAGCCGGGGACGGGGGAAAGCAGAGGAAAGAAGGAGUGAAACCCACCCACCCACCCUCACCCCGAUGGCUGCCUCGUCCAAGAAAAAAAAUGAAUGAAGAAACCCGGACCGUGUGAACGAAUCUUCCCACGCUGCGCUUGCAAAACCUCACUUUGGACUUUUUUUUUUUUUUCCCUUCCCCCCCACUUUCCUCUCCCCUCUUUCCAAAGCACCUUAGGGACCGAUCCUGGGUAGGUUUACCUCCACCCCACCCCCACCGAUGGCAGUUUUAAAUGGCUAGGAGGACUUUCCCCAUUGUACCUUCCCAGGUCGGUCCCGACACGCGUGGCCGGAGUUGCGAGGGCUUCCCGGUGGCGCCCGGCCUCUCGGAGGAAGGCCAUGCUGAGAAUCCCCAAAGCUGGGCCUUCCGCCCCCGGCCGAGGGGCGCCUUCCCUCGUCCCCCCCCAGUCACAAAAGAAAAGCAUGGCUGUCGGCGGCUCUGCCGAGCUGGUGGUGGCCGAUCUCGCAGGCCCGCCGGUGCGGGCUCUCCCCGCAGCCUAUUUCGCUCAGGUGUACCCCCAAACGGCGGUGGUCGCGCCGUUGCCUCGAGGCGGUUGCCUUUAUGCCACCCCCCAUGGACCUGAGAUCAAAGCCAUGCGAGCCGCCUCCACGGGAAAACUGCCGGCCAAGAGAAAACUGGAUCUGGAAGGAACUGCCCAGCAGCGCAUCCCAGAAUUCCGAACACCAAAAGGCAAAGGAACCGCGCUCCCACACAUCCCUAGUCCCAAAACCCCCAAGUCUCCUGGAGAGAAAACUCGCUAUGAUACAUCUCUUGGCCUGCUGACCAAGAAGUUUAUCCACUUGCUCAGUGAAUCGGAAGACGGGGUUCUGGACUUGAAUCGGGCUGCUGAGGUGCUGGAGGUGCAAAAACGACGUAUCUACGACAUCACCAACGUCCUGGAAGGGAUUCAGCUCAUUCGCAAGAAAUCCAAGAACAAUAUCCAGUGGAUGGGAACGGGUCUUUUUGAAGAUUCUUCGGUGGCCACGAAGCAACAUGUCUUGCGGCAAGAACUGACCGAACUUUCAAAGAAUGAGAAAGUUUUGGACAAGCUGAUCCAGGAGUCCUCUCUGCAGUUAAAGCAUCUGACAGAAGAUGAGACCAACCAAAGGUUAGCCUAUGUCACCUAUCAGGAUAUCCGUGCCAUCAGCAAUUUUAACGAGCAGACGGUGAUUGUGGUGAGAGCGCCCCCUGAAACUCGUCUUGAAGUGCCCGAUGUUUGUGAGGAGAAUGUCCAGCUCCACCUAAGGAGUACCAAUGGCCCCAUUGAGGUCUACCUGUGCCCAGAAGAAAUUCUGGAAGAAAGUCCUGCCAAGGAGAGCUGUUUUCCUCUUCCAGCACCCCAGGAGGUUACUAAACCCGCAACGGUGAAAGUGGAAUUGGUGAAGACGGAGGUGCCGGACUGCCUGAUGGAAGGGGAGGAUGGUCUCCUAGAACCCCCUCAGCACCUCCUGCAGCAGACAGAGGACCAGCUCCCUUCUACAGCCUAUGGCGACCCAGGCCCUUUUGUCAGUUUUUCCCCUCCCCUCGAUCAAGAGGAUUAUCUAUGGGGACUGGAAGAGGGCGAGGGUGUAAGUGACUUGUUUGAUGCCUAUGACUUGGCGGAUUUGCUGAAAAAUUGAACCCAGAGUUUCCCCGGCCCUUCCCACGGUGCUACCAAUCACCUGCCCUGCGCGCACACAGAGACCCAGAUUCCGAAGCUUUUGGCUUUCUCAGCAGCGUCUUUUUUGCAUUUUGGGGAAGCCUCAGCGUUUUUUCUCCUUAAUAGCAUUUCGUUUUUUAAAGAAGGGCUGAGGGUCAGAUUUUGGACUCUUGUUUUCCCUCUUUCUUCCAUCAGGCCCCAUGAAAAUUGCACACACCAUUGCCAACGCCUUGGAGAACCCAGGAAGUCUUAAUUCAGUUGUAUAUUUUCUUGGUGGAGCCCCACACAUUUCAAGGGGCAUAAGGCCUCCCUCUAAGGCACCGCUCAGCCCCUGAGAAAGACCCACAAAUCUGUCCUUCGUAAGUGUGCCAAUGUGACUUCUCCAGGGGUAGCAUGCCAGAGAAGCCCCAAAUCCGUUAUUUUCCUUCUGGACCCCUGACCCCCAACUCAGGCAUCCCAGAUAUACUGUAUUUUUCAGACUAUAAAACACACUUUUUUGUCUCCCAAAAGGGGAUGAAAAUCUCUGUGCGUCUUAAUAGACCAAAUAUUGCUGAAGCCCCGCCCAUCCGCCAGCUGUUUUUUGGCCUCCGCACAGCCCGUUUUCAGGCUUUUUUUUUUUUGCCCC